AUGUAUAAAAUGGAAUAUUCUUACCUCAAUUCCUCUGCCUACGAGUCCUGUAUGGCUGGGAUGGACACUUCGAGCCUGGCUUCAGCUUAUGCUGACUUCAGUUCCUGCAGCCAAGCCAGUGGCUUUCAAUAUAACCCUAUAAGGACCACUUUUGGGGCCACCUCUGGCUGCCCAUCCCUCACUCCAGGAUCCUGCAGUCUCGGCUCUCUUAGGGACCACCAGAGCAGUCCAUACGCAGCAGUUCCUUACAAACUCUUCACCGACCACGGAGGUUUAAACGAGAAGAGGAAACAGAGGCGGAUCAGAACCACGUUCACCAGCGCCCAGCUCAAGGAACUGGAGAGGGUGUUUGCAGAGACUCAUUACCCUGAUAUAUACACCCGGGAGGAGCUGGCGCUCAAAAUAGAUCUCACUGAGGCGAGAGUGCAG